AUGUUAAAGCAAUAAGAAACUGUGAUAGAUGACGGUAUCCUUCUUAGCAAUAAUAAACAAUAUGUAUUUUUAAAUAAUUUUUAAAUGACAAAUUUACAAAUUGACAAUUCAUUUCCAUCCGAAAUUGUAAAUGCUUUAUCUGAUGUUGAAUACGAUUUUUCGAGUGCAGGAUGUUACUUGUUUAGAAUUGAUAAUAUAUCUAUUUAAGAGAAAGUAACAUUGCCAUAAUUAGGUUAAGUACUUGCUUCAAUUGGCUCUAUAGUGCAAUUAAUAUUUUUCAUUAAAUAUUGUGCAUAUUAUUAUAAUAACUGCUUGCUGGAAAAUGAAUUGCAUCAUGAUAUUAUAACUAUGUAUUAUCCUCAAUUUAAAGGCUGUAGGUUAAAUUUUCUAAAUCUAUUUAAGGUCAAUGAUAAAUAAAUAAAUAAAUUUCAACUUAUUGAUAAUCUUGAUGAUAAAUAUCGAAAUUUGCUUUAAAAGGCUAAAGAAAAAUGUAGACUUGAUAACAUAUUAUACGAAAUCUCAAGGAUUCAGUUUUUCCUACAAUAAUAAUUUGGAGAAUAAAUCUUAUACUAAAGCCAUCAAUUAGGAGGGAAAUUGAUAAAUAAUCAAUUAGAAUUUUAAGGUAAUAAGGAAACCAAUAGAUUAAGUGUAAAACCUGUAGAAUCUAUCGAAGUAGAUUAUGAGCCAUUAGAAUUGCUAUUAAAAUAGUAUUGA